AGCAGCGGGAAUGGAGAGUGAAAGUUAGAUAGCGCCGCGGCGAAGGCCGCUGCCUAGAAAUCCACGCAGAUCCACCAAACCGCUCGGCAGAAUCAUACUGCCUAAGAAAACAGGUUUAUUCAUUCAUUCGUACACGUGCAAGCAACCGGCAGCCAGGAUGUCGCCGCUGAACGGGCUGGACCCGUCGAUGAACCGAGUGUCGGCAUUGAUGAAGGGCAAGAGCUUUUUCGUGACCGGGGGCACCGGCUUCCUCGGCAAGGUGCUGGUGGAGAAGAUGCUGCGCGACUGCGGCGAGCUGGACACCAUCUACCUGCUGGUGCGGCCCAAGAAGGGCAAGGAGCCCAGCGCGCGCGUCAACGAGCUCUUCGACUCGCCGCUCUUUGAGAAGCUGCGUACAACGCGUCCGGAGGCGCGGAAGCAACUGGUGGCGAUCGCGGGCGACGUGGUCGAAAAGGACCUGGGAAUCAGCCCCGCGGACCGCGCCCUCCUCAUCGAGCGCGUCAACAUCAUCUACCACUGCGCGGCGACGGUGCGCUUUGACGAGCCCCUGAGGAAGGCCAUCAUGCUCAACACCAGGGGCACCAAGCUGGUCGUCGACCUGGCUGAGGAGUGCAAGAACCUGGACCUGCUGGUGUACGUGUCGACCGCCUACUGCCACCUCAAGGAGGCCCUGCUGCAGGAGAAGAUCUACGAUCCUCCCGCCGACCCGCACAAAAUCAUCAAGUGCUGCGAGUACAUGGAGGAGAAGAUCGUCGAACAGAUGACCAAGAGAAUCCUAAUGGACGCACCCAACACCUACGCUUACACAAAAGCUCUCGCUGAAGGCCUGGUCUCGGAGAAGAUGGACAAAAUUCCGUCCAUCAUCCUUCGGCCGUCAGUCAUCAUUCCAAUCUGGAAGGAGCCGAUCGCAGGCUGGACAGACAACAUCAACGGCCCGACGGGCAUCCUGAUCGCCGCCGGCAAAGGUGUCCUGCGCACCAUGUGGUGCAAGUCCAACACAUACGCUGACUUUGUCCCGGUCGACAUCGUGGCAAACGCCAUAUUGCUCUCCACUUGGAAUUACGUCGGAAGAAAGGACCACGAGAAGCGGGUGUACAACUUGACCUCGAGCGCCGAGUUCAAGGUGACGUGGCAGGAGAUCAUCGACAUCGGCACUUCUCUGGUGGAGAAGGUGCCGCUGAACGGCAUGGUUUGGUACCCUGGCGGCUCCAUGAAGGACUCCAAGAUGAUGCACAACAUUUGUGUCUUCCUCUAUCACACCAUUCCCGCUUACUUCUUGGAUGCCAUCAUCGUCCUCGCUGGACACAAACCAAUUUUGAAGCGCGUUCAGGACCGCAUCAGCAAAGGAUUCGAGGUGUUUGAGUACUACGCCAACAACCAGUGGGACUUUGUGAGCACCAACAUCUUAUCGCUGCGCCACGUGGUCAGCGAGACGGAAAAGGACCGCUUCUGCAUCCACGGUGACGACCUCGACCUGCACACCUACUUUGAGGCUUGCAUCAGGUCGGCCAGGAUCUACGUGCUCAAGGAGAUGCCCGACACACUGCCUGGAGCCAUCAAACACGCCAGAAGGAUGUACUGGCUUGACAAAAUCGUGCAGGCUCUGUUCUGGUAUUUUGUGAUGUACAUGAUCUACUCCUACUCAACCACCGUGAGCUCGGUGGUGGACUCAGCGUGGGACUCGACCAAGGGCUUCGUCACGCCCAGCAUCAUGGGCAGCGAGCAAAGCACCCUCAACUAGCUCAUAGCAGCUCUAUAUCUUGCCAAACGUUUUUUUACUAUGGUUUCCCACUUUUGAAAUCAUUCGGAUUAACGUCUCUUGUGUGAUAUGUUCAAGAGGUUAAUUGCAUUGCUUUCCACUAGAAGAACAAAAAACGGAACAGACCCUCAACUAGCCCCCUUGCCCAUAGCAGCUCUAUAUCUUGCCAAAAGUUUUUUAUUAUGAUUUCCCACUUUUGGAAUCAUUCUUAUUAACGUCUAGCAGCUCUAUAUCUUGCCAAACGUUUUUUUUUUACCAUGGUUUCCCACUUUUGAUAAAAUUCUGAUUAACGUCUCUUGUGUGAUAUGUUCAAGAGGUUAAUCGCAUUAUUUUUAUUCUACUAGAGGAACAAAAAACGAAACAGACGCUCUCUUUUACUCUCAGUUGCACAAGUCAAGGAAAAGCAAAAUAUUUCUCUCUUUACAAAAUGUUUGUCAAUAAACUUUUCUUGUGUAGAAGAGGAAUUUUAGAUUAAGAACAAUUCGCAGCGGGUCGCAAUUAUUUUUCCGCUCUGCGAGAUUUGCUCACUCAUCUGUGUUUAUUUCAAAUUAUCGUCGGACUGUUUUAUAAAUAUAUUUACAAUUUUGACACUCUCACAUUGACAAUUUAUGUACGUGUGUAAUAAUUACCCAUAACACGUUAUUUCUGCAAUAAAAACAUUUAAAUCAGAAAA